GGGAAAGUGCAGGGCACAUUGUGUUUUAAAGGAGAAAAAAUAGUCUCAUGCUGAUGGCCAGGGUCAGUUACAAAGUGAGUAGCAGGCUCUGAGCAACACCAAAGGGCAAACAGGAAUGCAAGAGUGGCUACUGAGAAAUACCCGGAGGGCACUGGGAACAGCAGAGCUGCAGGUUGGUCUGCCCAGAUGCUUACAGCCCGGCUCAGGAAGCAGUCACUGCCCAAAGGAGGGCACUCCAUGGGCAUCACCGUGGGGUAACCAAGGAAGGUGUGGGACUGCCAGCACCAAACUGGUCUGACUCUGGUGUCCUGUGGUUAUGGAGAGGAGAGACAGAGGUAAUUGCAAACGUGCCCUCCACACAGCACCCGUUUUGCAGCUCCCUUCCUUCCCCAGAAUAGAAAAUAAGUUGCUGGUGUUAUCAUGGAACCGGGCAGGAGAUGGGGCCAGAGGCAAGGACAGAGACAAGGACUCUAUGGGAGGAAGCAGAGACAGGAUGCCCGGUCCUGAGCUUUAAUGAUGCUUCUGGUACAAGGUGCCAGAUGAGCCUGCUGAGGCUGCCAGGCCCUCCUGUCCACAGCUCCUUGAUGGUGACCCAGUGCCAGCCAUGGGGAGUGCUGGGACACUCAGAUGGGACUCCUGCUGACAGAGCCUGGGGGGGGGUCAAUGGAUGCUGAGAGCAGCCAGGACCCAUGGAUCUGCAGUGGGUAAGGAAGCAAACCCUGAAAUCCCCCCAUAGAGUGCUGUGGGACCAGGCUCUGUGCAGCCAGACAGAAAGAAGCCAUCAUGCCAUCUUGCUACCAUGCAGGGUGCUGCCUUGUGCCUUCAACUGCCACAUCUGAUACUGGAAUAAAUGGAGAGUCCUUCCACCAGCACAGGCCCACUUGGUGCUGGCUGUUUGGGAGUAUGGGACAGCAGCAGGAGGCACCACAGGUUCACUGCAGUCCCUCAGUGUUCUACAGUAGCCCCAAGGGCAGGGACACCACAGCCCAGCGUUUCCCUCUUCCUGCAGCCAUCAAUCCCAGCUCUCAUGGAGCACCACAUCUCCCAGCUGCCCAUCCACUGUGUGCAGCCCAAGGCCGUGCAUCCCCCAGUGGGGCAGAGUGCCCUGUGCCACUCUGCAGCUGUGCCACCCCUGGUGCGCAGUGUUGACACAACACAACUAUUGCAACAGUUGUGUUGCAAAGAGCAACAUAGAGCACGACCUGUUUGUUGAUCCCAAAACAAGGGAUCCUCAUGCUGUUGGUGGCCAGUUGAGCCCACGUUGUGGGCAGGGUGCAGAGGCAGUGACAGCCACUGGGCUGGAGGCAGCAGGCACUCGCCCAUUCAUCCCAGCUCCACGAGGCCGCAGGCUCCACACCCAACCCUGCGUCACACUGACACACUUGGGGCUGGUGGAGGCACCAGGGGCUGGGGAGGGGCCAGAGCAGGUGAACAUUAACCUGGGGCGGUGGUGAGGUGUCCCCGACAGCACAGCACCCGGGAGCACACGGGAUGAGGGGACUCCGUGCCCACUACCACCUCCUGCCUGACCAGGACGAAGACCAGCCCAUAGACUGCACAGAGCCAGACAGCGAGGGGCAGCUGGGCUGGGAGGGAGCCCCAGUGACACCUCCAGCCCCAGAGGAGCCGUGCAGGCUGGUGCUGAGCACACCAAGCAGCAUCCUGCAGGACAGGGAGAUUGAGGAGCUGGGCACCCACCUGCCCACCCGUCUGCGGCAGCAGCCCUGGAGCCUGCUAUACUGCACCGCGCGGGAUGGCUUCAGCCUGAGGACCCUGUAUCGCUGCACCAACCAGCUGAGCUCCCCAGCUCUGCUGCUCAUCCGUGACACUGAAGCACAGGUCUUUGGUGCCUUCUCCACCAGCCCCAUUCACGUGAGCAAAUGCUUUUAUGGCACGGGGGAGACAUUCCUCUUCUCCUUCUCCCCGGAGCUGAAGGUGUUCAGGUGGACGGGCAGAAACAGCUUCUUCCUGAAGGGAGAUGUGGACCUGCUGAUGGUCGGUGGAGGCAGCGGCAAGUUUGGGCUGUGGCUGGAUGGGGAUCUGCACCACGGGGGGAGCUGCCCCUGUGAGACCUUCAAUAAUGAGAGCCUGUCGCCGCGGGGGGAGUUCUGCGUCCAGGACCUGGAGCUGUGGGGUCUGGACUGACACCGCAACCACAGGAUGCAGCUGAAGCUCCAGUUCUCAGAGCCGACCGCCACUGGGCCCCGUCCUGCAGGCACCAGGAAUGGCAGUGCUGGAUGUAACCCUGCGGGAUGCUGCCCCUGCAGCAGGGUGUGCCAGUCGGGAGCCAUGUGUGCUCCGGGAGCAGGGAGAACCUGGAAGGCCCUGUCCAACAGCUGCUGCCCUCGGGACAGUGGGAACAGGGCUGGUGUGUGAAAGGCUGCUGGCCACCAAUAAAUGGGAAGAGCUGUG